UCGUUUGUUGUAUCUCUUCCAGUCUGUUGGAAUUUCUCGUGGUGUGCGGUUCGCUCUUCGUGCUUGGAAUUGACUUCUCGAUUUGUGCGGCAUUUUAUUUAAAACAUUGCAACGCGUGGUUUUCCUGCGAAUUUUGGCACGAGUUCUUAUUAAAGCAUAUACAAAAACACAGCUGAUUGUACGUACUUGCAUGUGAAUUGCCUAUCGGCUGUAUUUAAUCCGAAGUGAACAAGUUGUGAACAAAUAGUGACUGAAAUCCAAGGAAAUAAACACAAGCCGGCUGGAAGGCAACAUUUGCAAAGAGGAGAGCGAUGGCCAGAGGGCCAACUGGAAACAACUAAUUCUGUUAACCAUAAAAAGUUCUCGGCGAGUGGACGUGGAGGCAACAGCAAGAGCAGCAGCCUCCGCCCCCUGAAAGCAGCAGCAGCAGCCCGCCCGCUAGCCAAGGCCGACGGCAACUUGAAGCACCUGCAAUGGCCACACUAAUACCAGUGAACGGCGGCCAUCCAGCAGCGAGCGGACAAUCCUCCAAUGUGGAGGCGACAUACGAAGAUAUGUUCAAGGAAAUCACACGCAAAUUGUACGGCGAGGAGACCGGCAACGGUUUGCACACGCUCGGCACGCCGGUGGCGCAGGUGGCCACCAGCGGGCCAACGGCGGUGCCCGAGGGCGAGCAGCGCUCCUUCACAAACCUGCAACAACUCGAUCGCUCGGCAGCGCCCAGCAUUGAAUACGAGUCGAGUGCGGCAGGCGGCGCCUCUGGCAACAACGUGGCCACCACCCAGGCCAAUGUAAUCCAGCAACAACAGCAGCAACAGCAGCAGGCGGAGUCGGGCAACUCCGUGGUGGUGACGGCCAGCAGUGGGGCGACUGUGGUGCCGGCACCCAGUGUGGCGGCCGUCGGUGGCUUCAAGUCCGAGGAUCACCUGAGCACGGCCUUCGGGCUGGCCGCCCUGAUGCAGAACGGCUUUGCGGCGGGACAGGCGGGUCUGUUGAAGGCCGGCGAGCAGCAGCAGCGCUGGGCGCAGGACGGAUCUGGUCUGGUGGCGGCAGCGGCCGCGGAACCGCAACUCGUACAGUGGACCUCGGGCGGCAAGCUGCAGAGCUACGCUCACGUCAACCAGCAGCAGCAGCAGCAGCAACAACAGCCGCAUCAGAGCACACCCAAGUCCAAAAAACACAGGCAGGAACAUGCGGCUGAGUUGAUCUAUGCCAGCCCCUCAACCUCGGCCAAUGCGGCCCAGAAUCUGGCCCAAUCCACACCCACCUCAGCGCCCAGCAACAGUAGUGGCGGCAGCACCAGCUCCUCCGGCGGCGGAGGUGGCGGAGGCGGUCGCAAGAAGGCCGCCCAAGCGGCAGCCGCCGCCGCUGCCGCCAACGGGGUUCACAUCCAGAAGCGGUACGCCUGCACCCACUGUCCGUACUCGACGGACCGGCGGGAUCUGUACACCCGGCACGAGAACAUCCACAAGGACGAGAAGCCCUUUCAGUGCUAUGCCUGCCUCAAGCAGUUCAAUCGGGCCGACCAUGUCAAGAAGCACUUUCUGCGCAUGCAUCGCGAGCUGCAGUACGACAUAAACAAGACCCGGCGCCAUGUCUCCGCGGGCAGUGGCUCCUCGGGCAGCGGCUCCUCCGGCGGCGGAUCUCAUCACUCUGGGGGACGGGGAAAUGUGACCAUUAACUCGGCCGGCGUGAACAUAGACAAUGCCUUCUUGGAGGCCCAACGACAUCCCACCUCGACCAGCAUGAGCAUCGUGGAAACGAUCGAGGCAGUGGCCUCGGCCACGGACAUGCCGCUGGCCCAGCUCAAGCAGGAGAAGCUGGACGAUGGCGGCGGAGUGGUCUUGCCCCUUCAUGUGGGCGUCGGCGUGAUGCAGCAACCGGUGGCCAGCUCGAGUUCCGGCAGCAGUGGCAGUCAUGGCGGCAACGGCAACGGUGGCAGCGGCUCGGGUCUGCUGAAACCGAAGCGGGAGAAGCGCUUCACCUGCUGCUACUGCCCCUGGUCCGGAGCGGACAAGUGGGGCCUCAAGCGGCACCUCAAUACGCACACAAAGCCCUUCGUCUGUCUGCUCUGCGACUACAAGGCGGCGCGAUCCGAGCGCCUGGCCACGCACGUGCUCAAGGUGCACAACAAGCGAGCAUGCAGCAAGUGCUCCUAUCUGGCGGACACGCAGGAGGAGUACCAGGUUCACAUGAGCGAUGUGCAUCCGCACGAUAAUCGGCCGGCGCGCAGUGGCAACGGCAACCAGAGCGGCGGCAGCAGCAGCGGCAAUAGCAACGGCAACGGCGGCGGCAAUGGCAACAACAAUGCCAAUGCCGGAGGCCACAGCCACAGCCAGAACCUCAAUGUGCUGCGAACCAUUGGCAACAGCCUGGUGGCCAACAACCAGCUGAACACCUAUGCCGGCAACGCUUUUGGCUCGUCCAGUGGCAAUGUGGGGAAUGCGAAUGGAGGCGGCGGUGCCGUAACCAUCUACACCACCACCACCAAUGAGGGCGUGGCCGGCGGGGGAGGCGGUGGCGGCGGCGGCGGCCUUAGCGGCAACAUCUCCGGCGGCGGACCGCUCCAGGAGAUCAUCGUGAAUCCCUCGUCGAUGGUCGGCUGGCGGCUAAGUGCCAAUGGGUCACUGAUCCCGCCACACGAUCUGCUCACCGGCGGAUUGCCAAAUGCGGCCACGCAGAAGCGCGGCUCGGAGCGAUUGUUUCAGUACCUCGAGGCCGAGGGCAGCGAUCCGGAGGACUAUGCGCGUCUGCUGAAAAUGGACGCCAUUAGUCGUAACACCGCUUCGGUCGCUCAGGAUUUUCAUAAGGCGGGAGGCGUGCACGAGUUGAAAAUACCAGCCAAUCAUCAACUCCUGUUUAACAAUAAACUGCCUUCGCAAUGGACGACACGUGAGGCUGCUGCACUGCUGUACAGCCUGAGCAACAUGGGCGGCGGUUCCGCCUCCGGCUCCGUAUCCGGUUCCCAGCGCCAAAAGUUUGGCAUUAGGGCGCGACAACAUUCCACCGGCGAGGAUGACGAGAAUACACCAUCGUCGGCCUCGUCGUCGAGCUUCUCGGGCGAUGAGUUCAACAUGAGCGCCACAUCGCCGCUGAAGCUGUCGCGUCAUGCCGUCAAGCUGGAGAAGAUGGAUGAGCUGGAGGCCAAGGACAUGGUGCCCAGCAAGGCGAUGAUGGCAACGGCAUUUCUGGAGGCGGCCAGCUACGAGCAGACGGCCAUCGAGCUGCUGGCCAGCAAACGGAAGAUCAAGGUCGAAACCGAUGACAACGAUGAGGACCAAGAGAACCAGCAGCAGCAGCAUCAGCCACAUCAGCAACAUCAUAGCCAGCAGCAGCAGCAGCAGCGAUUGCAGCUUAUUAAAUCGUCUCCCGCGUAUAAAUUGAACAACAACAACAAUAACAAUAGUAACAGCCAUAACAACAAUUACUACAAGGACAAGUCAUCGCACAGAAAUGCCGUUCACCAUCAUCGCCAGGAUGACAAGGAGAACAACAAGAGCAAGUCACCAACAGCAGCAGCAGCGGCAGCAAGUGUUGCAGCCGCCGCAGCAACAUCGCCGCCCAGCGUCAGCGGCAACACCAGCCAGACACCGUUUCUCACCCAAAUGGAGUACCAGAAUCUCAAUCGCAUUGGCACUCAGUUCCAGAACUACGUCAAGGACAUCAUCAACAAGUAUUAUGCGGCGGAGACGCCUCUGAUGUUGGCCGCUGCAGCAGCAGCAUUGCCCACGGCCACCACUACGGGUCAGCAGCUGCCGGAAUUGGACAUUGAGAACCUGUCGCCCAGCAAGCGGCGUCGUCUGCUCAGCGAAACGGAGGAGUACAUCGAGUAUUUGCGUAACAAGGAGGACAUAACACUGACUAUUGCGCCAAAGCUGCAGCCACCGCCGCCGCCGGCGACGACAUCGCUGCUCAAGCGUCAGUUGGAUCUCAGCACGCCGCGUCGGAGUCCCAAGAAGGCGACGCCGGCUCACAGCAACGGCGUCUCCCGCAAAUCUCUCAACCAACUGGCCACCCUGCUGCCGCUGCUGGCGGAUGCGGCCAGCCAGCAGGAGUAUCUGGCCGCUCCGCUGGAUUUUAGCAAGAAGUCCAGCUCGCGCAAGCAGGCGCAGCCCAAGAAGAUCCGCCUGACGCCCGAGGCGGUGGUCACCCUGCUGAGGGACAAGUACCUCAAUCGCAUGGUGCGCCAGCGCUUGGGCUGCCUCAAGUGUAGCCAGACGCGGAGGAGCAGCUCCAUCAGCUUCAACUACCACACCCUGGGAUCGCUGGCCCUGCACAAGUACUGGCGGCAUGGCGCGGGGGGAUCGGGAUCGGGUUCGGGAUCAUCCUGCUCAUCAACUGGGAGACAACGGCUGCAGGCAGCUCUGCAGAAGAGGAUUCGUCGCAGACAGGCGGAACAGCAAUGCUAAUGUGGCCGCGUCGUUCUAUCGGUUCUAUUUUAUUAUUCGCUUAAGAUUAGAAAAUGUUUGCUUGCCAUAUAUGGAAUGCAUUAGGCAUUUGACAUUGAAAAUCGUUUAAAAAAUUGCAUUUAAUUUUUUAAAUUUUAAGUUGUGAUGUACCUGAAAUAUGAUUUCUCUUAAACAAACAAAAAAUACUUAAAAAACAAAAACAAACAAACAAACACAAUUCAUGCAAAACGGUCUCGAAAGCGCUUUUGCAGCCGACUGCAAAUGAAUUUCAUUAUCUUAGUUGUACAAUUGAGCUAUCUCACAAACACAAAGCCCACUCACAAUGAACAUUUACACACGGAUAUUUAACUAUUUAGUAAUUAACCUGGAAUGAGCAUUUAUCAAAUGUGUCCCAGCCCAUGAUUUCCUCCAUUUGUAUUUGUAUUCAUAUUCGUAUUUGUAUUCGAUUGAAUGAAAUGUGAAGUAAAAAGCUUUAAUUUGCCAUUUACAAAGCUUCAGUUUAGUUACGAGUAAUGAUUGCCAUCUUUUUACACCUAGCAUUUAGUCGUCUAGUUACCUUAGUUUAUGGAUUAAUUUAUGAACUGCAAACGCGAACCUCAUCGAACCCUUUGCCUUACUUAUCAUUUAAGCUUUAACGUGAAUAUAAAUUUAGUUUUAGUUGAUUUAGUUACUCCUCAGCAGGAGCAGCAGUCACGCCCACAAUGACCACAAGAAACAAAAUCCAUUCUCACGCAAAAAACGUUUUACAUACAUAUG